GUAAGUGAAGGAGAAGGGGGGAGAGAGAGAGAGAGAGAGAGAGAGUAGAGAAGAGAUGGCCGAUUGAUUGAGGCUAAGAAUCAUAGCUCCAAUGCCCUCUCCUCCUCACACUCUUGUUUCACUUCAAUCUUUGGUGUUGGAGGUUUUGGUUCACUUAAAGUAAAGCCCAUCAUAUAAUAGAAAUUUGUUGUUAUACUGGUGAUAAUCAAGAUAGAAUGGAGGCAAAUGCCGGAAUGGUGGCUGGAUCGCACAAGAGGAAUGAGCUUGUUAGAAUCCGGCAUGAUUCUGAUAGUGGGCCGAAGCCCCUGAAGAAUUUGAAUGGUCAGAUAUGCCAAAUAUGUGGAGAUACUGUUGGAGUGACUGCCAGUGGUGACUUGUUUGUUGCUUGCAAUGAAUGUGCUUUUCCAGUUUGCCGAGCCUGUUAUGAGUAUGAGCGGAAAGAUGGAAAUCAGUCAUGCCCGCAGUGUAAGACUAGGUACAAGAGACAGAAAGGGUGUCCAAGAGUUGACGGUGAUGAUGAAGAGGAAGAUAUUGAUGAUUUGGAGGAUGAGUUUAAUUAUUCUCAGGGAAAAAGCAAGGCUAGAUCUCAAUGGCUUGGAGAUGAUGUUGAGCUAUCUGCAUCUUCUAGACGUGAAUCACAGCAACCAAUCCCUCUUCUUACCCAUGGGCAGUCAGUCUCUGGUGAGAUUCCUCCUUCUACACAAGACACGCACUCGGUCAGGAGUACUUCAGGACCUCUGGGCCCUGGAGACCGUGUUCAAUCUCUUCCUUAUGUUGAUCCACGGCGGCCAGUUCCUGUAAGAAUUGUCGAUCCUUCCAAAGACUUGAAUUCUUAUGGACUUGGAAAUGUUGACUGGAAGGAGAGAGUGGAAGGUUGGAAGCUGAAACAGGAAAAGAAUAUGGUCCAGAUGACCAACAAAUACAGUGAAGGGAAAGGAGAUAUCGAAGGCACAGGGUCAAAUGGAGAAGAACUUCAGACGGCUGAUGAUGCUCGCCAACCAUUGAGCCGGGUCGUGCCCAUUCCUUCUUCACAUCUUACUCCUUAUCGUGUUGUGAUCAUUCUCCGAUUGAUAAUCUUGGGCUUUUUCUUGCAAUAUCGUUGUACUCAUCCGGUGAAGGAUGCUUAUCCUCUGUGGCUGACAUCAGUCAUCUGUGAGAUCUGGUUUGCCUUAUCCUGGCUUCUGGAUCAGUUUCCAAAAUGGUAUCCUAUUAACCGUGAGACAUACCUUGAAAGACUUGCCUUGAGGUAUGACAGAGAGGGCGAGCCUUCACAGUUAGCACCUGUCGAUGUGUUUGUGAGUACAGUGGAUCCUAUGAAAGAGCCUCCUCUUAUAACUGCCAACACUGUGCUGUCCAUUCUUGCUGUGGAUUACCCUGUCGACAAAGUCUCCUGUUAUGUUUCAGAUGAUGGUGCAGCAAUGCUGACCUUUGAAGCCCUCUCUGAAACUGCAGAAUUUGCCAGGAAAUGGGUUCCUUUCUGCAAGAAGCACAAUAUUGAGCCCAGAGCCCCCGAGUUCUAUUUUGCUCAGAAGAUAGAUUACCUGAAAGACAAGAUUCAGCCUUCCUUUGUGAAAGAGCGCAGAGCAAUGAAGAGAGAAUAUGAAGAAUUUAAGGUACGGAUCAAUGCUCUUGUUGCAAAGGCUCAAAAGAUGCCUGAAGAAGGAUGGACAAUGCAAGAUGGAACUCCUUGGCCUGGAAAUAAUACCCGUGAUCAUCCAGGAAUGAUUCAGGUCUUUCUGGGGCACAGUGGUGGCCUUGAUACAGAUGGAAAUGAGCUACCUCGGCUGGUUUAUGUUUCUCGUGAGAAGCGCCCAGGAUUCCAACAUCACAAGAAAGCCGGAGCUAUGAACGCUUUGAUUCGUGUCUCCGCUGUCCUCACAAAUGGAGCAUAUCUUUUGAAUGUUGAUUGUGACCACUACUUCAACAACAGCAAAGCUCUUAAAGAAGCCAUGUGCUUUAUGAUGGAUCGUGUUCUUGGAAAGAAGACUUGCUAUGUGCAAUUCCCACAGCGUUUCGAUGGCAUUGAUUUGCAUGAUCGAUAUGCUAACCGCAACAUCGUCUUCUUUGAUAUCAACUUGAAGGGGUUGGAUGGCCUUCAGGGCCCUGUUUAUGUGGGAACUGGGUGUUGCUUUAAUAGGCAAGCUCUUUAUGGGUAUGAUCCAGUCCUAACAGAAGAAGAUCUGCAACCAAACAUUAUUGUCAAAAGUUGUUGUGGUACAAGGAAGAAGGGAAGAAGUGCUAAUAAGAAGUACAUUGAUAAGAAGCGAGAAAUGAAAAGAACUGAAUCGAACAUUCCUAUCUUCAACAUAGAAGAUAUGGAAGAGGGUGUCGAAGGAUAUGACGAUGAGAAGUCACUUCUUAUGUCUCAGAAGAGCUUGGAGAAGCGUUUCGGUCAAUCUCCAGUCUUCAUUGCUGCUACUUUUAUGGAAAUGGGAGGCAUCCCACCGACGACAAAUCCGUCUACUCUCUUGAAAGAAGCAAUUCAUGUCAUUAGCUGUGGAUACGAGGAUAAGACUGAGUGGGGCAAAGAGAUCGGGUGGAUCUACGGUUCCGUCACAGAGGAUAUUUUAACUGGGUUUAAGAUGCACGCGCGAGGAUGGAUUUCUAUCUAUUGUAUGCCUCCUCGCCCUGCGUUCAAAGGGUCUGCUCCCAUCAAUCUGUCCGAUCGUUUGAACCAGGUCCUUAGGUGGGCUCUUGGAUCCAUUGAAAUUCUUCUAAGCAGGCAUUGUCCCAUAUGGUAUGGCUACAACGGGAGACUACAGCUCCUAGAGAGACUCGCAUAUAUCAACACCAUUGUUUAUCCGCUCACCUCAAUUCCGUUGCUUGCUUAUUGUGUUCUUCCUGCUAUCUGUCUUCUCACUAACAAAUUUAUCAUUCCAGAGAUAAGCAAUUUUGCUAGCAUGUGGUUCAUUCUUCUCUUCGUCUCGAUUUUUGCCACUGGGAUACUGGAAAUGAGGUGGGGUGGUGUUAGCGUUGAGGACUGGUGGAGAAACGAACAAUUCUGGGUCAUUGGUGGGACAUCGGCUCAUCUCUUUGCCGUCUUCCAGGGUCUCCUGAAAGUACUUGCUGGAAUUGAUACCAAUUUCACUGUCACUUCAAAGGCAUCAGACGAUGAUGGAGAGUUUGCUGAGCUUUACGUGUUCAAAUGGACGUCCCUCCUCAUUCCUCCCACCACCGUCCUCAUUGUGAACUUGGUGGGAAUUGUAGCCGGUGUUUCCUAUGCUAUUAACAGUGGAUAUCAGUCGUGGGGUCCUCUUUUUGGGAAAUUGUUUUUCGCCAUUUGGGUUAUCGUCCACCUUUAUCCUUUCCUCAAAGGUUUGUUGGGACGGCAAAAUCGCACUCCUACAAUCGUCAUCGUCUGGUCUAUUCUCCUUGCAUCCAUUUUCUCUCUGCUUUGGGUGCGGAUCGACCCCUUCACAUCAGAAGCCACAAGGAGGGCUGCAAAUGGACAAUGUGGGGUCAACUGCUAGCAUAUUUGAAGCUCAUUUUGUAAGACCAUGUUCCAGUCUCUCCGCCCGAUGCUUGCAUUUUGCAUAUAAGACGGACAAGAAACUAAGGUGAAAACUUAUGUUUGCGGCCCCUAAAAUUAUGUUGUAGUAUUUUACAUUGUCAAAAAUGGGUUGUGAUGGAUAAAUUUGUCAGAAACUAAAUUAAGUUUGGUAAUGUGGGGUCACCGCUAGCAUAUUCGAAGCUCAUUUUGUAUAUAAGACGGACAAGAAACUAUUGGGGUGAAAACUUAUGUUUGCGGUCCCCUAAAGUUAUGUUAUAGUAUCCUACAUUGUCGAAAAUGAGUGUGAUGGAUAAAUUUGUCAGACACUAAAUUAAGUUAUGGUAAUUUAAACCAGUUCAUACCUUUUGUA